GGAAUUAUGAUAUCGUCUCGUUAAAAUAAAGUGCGAGCAGAUGAUGCGUGCGCGCAUUUUCGCAGGAUCUGAUCUAUCCAUACGCGCUGCGCGCUCGUCACGUGUUUCAGCUCAAUCAAUCCAGCAGCAGAAGAAACUGUUUCAGUUCUCAGCGAAGGCUCGUGGAAACCUACAGGAUUGACGUUAAAAAGAUCAAACUACGCCGAAAGCAAAAAGACGAGUGGAUACAAGUGGGAGUGUUAGAAAACACCUCGCGACCAAGUGCCUUUCCUCUUCUCCAGCAACCCGUGGGAACUUUAUUUCCAUGAAAACCAGACACAUCUGCUCGAUACGCACUCAUACUGGAUCACAGGCGACACUUACAUAUCCAUAGAUUGUAUAACAGCCAAGAGACGCAGACGCACAGCAGUGGAUUUCUUUAAGGGUUUGUGGUGAUACAUGCCAAGGAAUAUCACGGAUACGUCACCCAAAGAAACAAAAGUAUUUUGUUUGAAGGAUGGACCUGCCAAACAAGGAGAGACCAUCACCGGAAAACGGGCCGAAAUCUGCUAGAGGAGGGAGACAGUGUUGCUCGAGUCUAAAGAAGUUCCUCAUGGCCUUGUCUUUUGCCUAUUUCGCCAAGGCAUUAUCCGGGAGCUAUAUGAAAAGCACAAUAACUCAGCUGGAAAGACGCUUCGACAUCCCCAGUUACUUAAUAGGUGUCAUUGAUGGCAGCUUUGAAAUAGGUAACUUGUUGGUGAUCGCCUUUGUGAGUUACUUCGGUGCCAAACUUCACCGUCCGAAGAUCAUUGCCAUUGGCUGCCUGCUGAUGUCAAUAGGAACUUUUCUAAUCGCCUUGCCCCAUUUCAUUAUUGGACGAUACAAGUUUGAAACAUCAAUUAGAUCAUCAGUGAAUUCGAGCAGUAAUCUGUCUCCAUGUCCUGCCGGCGAUCUGUCCACAGGUCCCAGCACCUCUUCAAUACCCAACCCAGGUUGCGAACACGAGUCCAGGUUAUCCAUGUGGAUAUAUGUUUUUCUGGGGAAUAUCUUACGUGGAAUUGGUGAGACCCCUGUGCAGCCUCUGGGAAUUUCGUACAUCGAUGACUACGCUCUGGAAGAAAAUGCAGCUUUCUACAUUGGAUGCGUCCAGACGAUAUCGGUCAUAGGUCCGGUGUUUGGGUAUCUACUGGGGUCUGUAUGUGCCAAGAUAUAUGUCGACAUUGGAUUUGUCAACAUGGAGAGCAUAAGCAUCACUCCAGGAGAUGCACGCUGGGUAGGCGCCUGGUGGUUGGGAUAUCUUAUCGCAGGACUCAUCACCCUCUUCUCAGCCGUGCCGUUCUGGUUCCUACCCAAAUCUUUACCCAUGCCGGAGAGACCGCUUGCCAAGUAUUCUCCUGAGAGGACCAGCUUCAUCAAAAACUCAAAACUGAUGGAGCACAAGUACCAGGCAGAUGAACCCACAAACUUCCUGGAAAUGGCCAAAGACUUUCUGCCAACGCUGAGAUCCCUGUUGGGAAACCCGGUUUAUUUUUUAUAUCUGUGUGUCACUAUCAUCCAGUUCAACUCUUUGAUCGGCAUGGUGACAUACAAGCCAAAAUACAUAGAGCAACACUACGCACAGUCAGCAUCUAAAGCGAAUUUCCUCAUGGGAGCGAUUAAUAUCCCAGCUGUAGCAUUGGGUAUGUUCUCAGGAGGAGUGAUCAUGAAGAAGUUCAAGCUGAGCAUCAUGGGAGCAGCCAAGUUUGCACUGGGAACGUCUCUCUUGGGUUAUUUCCUGUCGCUUUUCUUCUUCGCUAUGGGAUGUGAGAAUGCCAGUGUGGCCGGAAUCACUGUGUCAUACAACGGGACUGACCGUAUUUACAAAGAAGACGCUUCUCUGUUUGCGCGCUGUAACGCUAACUGUCAGUGUCCUGAAACACAUUGGGACCCUGUGUGCGGUGAGAACGGCCUCACGUAUGUCUCGCCCUGUUUGGCUGGAUGCCGGGCGUCCCGCGGAUCUGGAAUGGACACGGUGUUCCAGCAGUGCAGUUGUAUAACAGUCGGGAAUCAAACAGCCAGCGCCGGUCAGUGUAAUAACAGAGAUAGCUGCCAGCGAGUCUUCCCGUACUUCCUGGCCCUGUCCGUCAUCACUUCCUUUAUCAUCUCACUGGGCGGAACGCCAGGAUACAUGCUGCUUAUCAGAUGCAUCAAGCCCCAGCUGAAGUCUUUAGCUUUGGGUUUUCACACAUUGGCAACAAGAACUCUGGCUGGAAUUCCAGCUCCCAUAUACUUUGGAGCCCUCAUAGACACCACCUGUCUGAAAUGGGGUCACAAGAAAUGUGGAGGUAAAGGAGCCUGUCGAAUCUACAACACUACGGCUUACAGGAUAGCAUAUCUGGGCCUGACAUUCGGGUUACGGACCGCUUCCUUCUUUCUCUGCGUGUUGGGUCUGGUGGUGUUGCAACGACACGUUCAGAAGCAAGAGCGCAGCACGCUCACAAACGGAGGCACGGCCGCUGCGGCCGGUGAACUGCAGGCUCUUAGGAAAGACGAAAGCAACGGAUCUAACUCGGACCCCCAAACGUCAGAUUACGACCCAGAACGGGAAACACGUCUGUGAUGUAGCACACACAUGCACUAAAUGCACACGUAUGCCCGUGCAGGGAGCAACAGGGUUGUCAGCCAGCGUAGUGACUUUCAUCUUUCUACUGGAGCCAUGUAAAUGUUGUGAAAUUUGUUGUUUUGAUAUAGUAGAUUUAUUUCUUGAAUGUACACGUUUUUCAAAAAAAAAGAAAAGAAUGUCUUUAAAACUAACUAACGUGUUCGGUUAAGAUACAAACGUAUCAUAACUACAGACACCAUCGCUGGAUUUGCUGUCAUGAUGAGUGCAGGCCCUGAGAAUGACAGGAUUAUACAUCAGUCGUAACUUUCUCCAAUGCCAUACACACUGAUAGAUGCCUGAAGCAGUUGACCAAGACACUGUGUGCUUAUUAUAGCGAGGCCUUGCCGCACGAGCUACAGGUUGACUAUGUUGGGGAAAAUUCACAAGGUCGUCGGCAUCGUUCGCUCAACAUUGAUUGAGAAACGGCGCUUCUCCAUUUCACCUGAUAAUUCUUUUCCCAUUUAAGGAAAAGCGUGAGAAACGGUCGAGCGGUACUGUGGGUUCUGGUGUGUGACGUCAUGGAUGUGUAAGUAAUUCAUGAUUGAUGUUGUACAUUGUGUGUGUAUAUCACUGUGAGACACUGCGUGUUGUGUGUGCGAUCGGGUGCAUUCCUGUGCCAAAAAAGUGCAAGAAAGAAAAGUCAACGUGGUCUAUUCUCAGGUUGUUCAUUAUUGUUCCUGAAAUUUGCAAAUAAUUAUUCUUUUAUAUAUUUGUAUAAAAUCAUUGUAUGGUCUUGGCUGGUGGAAACUUUCCUUUUUCUUUGGCACUAAAGGUCGGCUUUACUGGUAAAGUUUACCAGAAACUACCAAGGAAAGGAUUUUUAUAUGCGAACUGAAAAAGUGGCAUUUAUUACUUGCUUUUAUGUUAGACAGUACAUAAUUUUAUUUGCUCAUAUGUUUUUGUAUACUUACCGUAAGUGAUAUCCUGAUGUGUAAAGAAAUGCAUUUAAGUGAAAGGUUAGAUACGUUCUUAUGAAAAUAAAAUAAUUUACUACAAACGCUUAAUAUUUUAAGAAAAAUCCACAAUUUAAUGGCAGCAGUAUAAUUUUUCAUUUUAACUCUUUCGCCGCCAUUGACGAGAUAUCUCGUCAAUCAAGAGAAAACGCUUCCCUGCCAAUGACGAGUAUUUCCGGCUUUCCGCAAUACCGCUAUUAUCCACCAGGUGGCGCCCUUCCGCAACUUUUUAAACCCGGAAGUAUUGCCCUAUGGCAAGCGGCUGCAUGUCUGUGUCUGUUUUAAAGAUCGCUCUGAAUGGGAUCUCUAUGAAAAGUCCGUCACAAAAAUGGAAUUAUCUCUGCUUUUUGCUCAAAAUGUGGUGUUUUUGCAGAAACCUACCCAUAUUCAAAAGCUGAUUACAAAAGAACUACUGAAGGUAGGAUGAAACUUUUUUUUUUUUUUAAAGCAGAGGGUCUGUUCUUUCAUUUGGUAUAUUGUAUGUUUAUAUAUUUAAAGAAGAACAUUUUCUGCAAGGCAUUAAACUUUUGUCAAAAUCAUGAAAAACGCUGGCGCUGGCUGGCAACUUUUUU